GGAGGAGGAGAAGGCGGAGAUGGAGGAGAUCACGGGCACAAGGGACCGGCGACCACCCACGGAGACGGAGGCCACGACGAGGAGGACCCAUCUGAAUCUUCUCUGUCGCCGCCGUCGUCGUCGCUGCCGGCCAGGCCUCGCCGUCGUCCCCGUAGAGUCUGAGAAUAAGAAGAGGAGGCACGAGCAGGCCCAGGUGUUCAUCCCGGAGGGCGUCCUCAUGGUGAUCCUGUCGCGGGUGCCCUACAGGUCGCUAUGCCGCUUCAAGUGCGUGUCCGGACCAUGGCUCGCCCUCUGCUCGGACCACGGCGUCCGCAAGAGGUCGCCGCAGACGCUCUCCGGCUUCUUCCAUUUCAACCGCGGCUGGCGCUUCCACAAUUACUUGUCUCGGGAGAAAGGCCCUCCCAUGGUCGACCCCGGCCUCCGUUUCUUGCGCGGCACCUUCGGACACUUUGAGGUCCUGCAAUGCAGCACCAGCCUUCUCCUCUGCAGAUGCUGGAAAGCGCCCCAUCCUAAGCUACUCGGUUGGAAUUCGUUUCCGGAAGGCAGGGCUGUUGAGCGCUUCAGAUGGGGGCCCGAGGCUGAUCAGUUCGAUUAUGUCGUCUGCAAUCCUGCUACUCGGCAGUGGGCUUUGCUGCCUCCUGUUCCUCCUAUAGAAUUGCACAAUCAGGCAGAUGGUGACCUUUUCCGUGCCAUCGCAGGCCAUUACCUUUUGGGUUUUGAUCCAGCCGUUCCUUCAUGCUUUGUGGUGUUUGUGCCCGUAUUUGGCAUUGGCCUGCCGAUGACAUGGAUCUACUCAUCAGAAACCAGAGGAUGGACUUCCAUCCGGUGCCAGUUGGAUGAUCAUGUUAAUAAUCCACGGUGCUUCUUUCUGAAUGGCACUAUCCUUUAUUUCUGUAACUCUCUUUCAAUAGUCACGGUGAACACGAAGGGAAAUGUGUGGCGGGAAAUGAAAUUGCCACCUGCCAUGACAAACAUAUAUGUUGGCCCUUCCUUUGGGCAGUCCCAAGGAUGCCUGUAUGCUUGGCGGAUGGACGAUUGCCAGCUCUCUGUUUGGGCUCUUGAGAACUAUGAUGGUGGACAGUGGACCCUAAGGUGUACUGUCGACUGUUUGGAACUGUUCGGAAGGGAUUGUCGCAAAGAAGAUGAGUUCUACCGGAUGUUUGCAAUUCAUCCAGAAUGUGAUAUGAUUUUCCUUAUUGACAGAAAGGAGAAGACAUUGUCAUACGAUAUGAAUAACAAAAAAGUGCAUGCUAUCUGCGCUUCUGGAGAUUUCCCGGAAGGUCUACCUUACACUCCCUGUUUUGAGGAAUGGACAUGAGAUGCUUGUCUUGAGUCGUUGGGUAUAUUCCAAAUCUUGUAGUUUUGAAGCUGUGGGUUUGUUUGUUCUUGUUGUAUAAAUGCACUUGAGUUUAUCUUUUCAUAUUGUGUCCGGGUGCAUGCCCUUCUUUUGCUUUGAACAAUGCUAGUUAGCCAUGAAGAAUAUAUCACUAGCCCUAUGAUGAGAAAGUUUAACUGCA